CCUCUUCCCUACAGGCCAGGGUCACAGGUUCAACAGAGAGAGGCAGAGUUUCCUUCUCCCCCGUGCUCACUCACUGCUCCGCUCACCUCCCCUGUCUUGUCCAAAAGAUCCCUGGCCCAUCCCCCCGCCCGCCGAGAUGGGGGGACUCCGCCGCGGCGGAGCCACGGACGGUCUCCUCUCCCACUCCCACCGCCGCCGCCGCCACCCCGGCCCCAAUGCUCCGCCCCAUCUCGCCGCCGGAGUUGGAUCCUCGAGGAAACAAGGAGGUGAACCUGGGAUGCAUUCCAAUUCCUUGUUUGAUGGGAGCAGGCUUUGUACACCCAAAAGAGCCGGUCGCACCCCGAUGAAAAUGCUCAUAGACGAUGAUGUCUACAGAGAUGCCACUGCUAGGCAUACGUCUCCUGGUAUUGUGGGCAGGCUCAUGGGCCUUGACAUAAUGCCUUCACUUGGAGCGCGCAUCCAAGAUACAUGUAACGGGGACCGUUCACAGGGCAGGUCGCCACGGAGUUGCAGUGAGAUAUCCGGGAAUUAUAGUGACAGACACGCCUUCUCGGGGGAUGUUCCACGUAGGGCAAGCACUGAUGAGAUUCCGGAAUUCAAAGAUGUUUUCGAAGUAAUGGAGACCACCAGAAUGAAGAACCGAAACCGCAACACUUGUUCUGGGCAUGAGAGGGUUAACAGUGCUGACCUUAAUUUUGUAAGGCAGAAAUUUAUGGAUGCAAAACGCCUUUCUACUGAUGAGUCUUCUCAGAGAUCGAAAGAGUUCAAUAGUGCGGUUGUCGCGAGUGAUCUGCCCAGUCUCGGUUGUCCUCCAUCCUCUGGCACAAAAGUUGUCCAGGUCAACCUACAGGGAGAACAUCGAUAA